UUGACGAUCUGAUUGCACUUUGGACUUUCACAUUUCAACAUUGAUCGACGACAAUUGAGACGGUUUCAGUGCAGAUUUACUUUAUCAAGCGAGCAGUUUACAAGUUGCAACAUACAAAAUGAUUAACUCUGGAAAAUUAGCGGGACGAACGCUGUUCAUUACUGGAGCGUCCAGAGGAAUUGGCAAGGCAAUUGCCCUGAAAGCUGCUCGAGAUGGCGCUAACAUAGUAGUUGCAGCAAAGACAGCGGAACCGCAUCCCAAACUGCCGGGCACCAUCUACACAGCUGCCGAGGAGAUCGAGAAGGCCGGCGGACGGGCUCAUCCCUGCAUCGUGGAUGUGCGCGACGAGAAUCAGGUGCGCACCGCUAUCCAGGAGGCAGUGGCCAAGUUUGGAGGCAUCGAUAUUGUUGUGAACAACGCCAGCGCCAUUUCCCUGACCGCCACUCCAGACACGGAUAUGAAGCGAUAUGAUUUGAUGCAUCACAUCAAUACCCGAGGCACCUUCCUGGUGUCCAAGGAGUGCUUGCCAUAUCUGCAGAAGAGCAAUCACGCUCACAUCCUAAACAUCUCCCCGCCCCUCAGCAUGAAGGCAAAGUGGUUUGGACCUCAUGUUGCCUACACGAUGGCCAAGUACGGUAUGUCCAUGUGUGUGCUGGGCAUGGCGGAGGAGUUCCGUGACCGUGGCAUUGCUGUAAAUGCCCUUUGGCCCCGCACUGCCAUUCAUACGGCUGCAAUUGAAAUGCUCACUGGACCGGACAGCGCCAGUUGGUCACGUAAGCCGGACAUUAUGGCGGAUGCCGCAUAUGCCAUUCUGUCCAGGGAGCCCAAACAGUUCACUGGACAGUUCUUUGUUGACGAUGAGGUUCUAGAAUCCGUAGGAGUUAAGGAUCUCACAGACUACGCUUGUGUUCGGGAAAAUGCCGACAAACUGAUGGUCGACUUUUUCGUGGAAGCAAAGAACGCUCCUGUCGAAGACGCUGCUCCAGCAGCCGCCCCUGGAGGAGAUGCCAAGAUACCUCAACUGUUCAAAAAAAUUGAAUCUUUGCUAUCGGCUGAAAUUGUUUCCAAGACACAAGCCGUCUAUCAGUUCAACAUCAACGGUGACGAGCAAGGCACCUGGUUCUUGGAUUUGAAAAAUGGCACCGGCGCCUGCGGAACUGGCGUUCCACCAGCUGCUCCAGAUGCAACACUGACCAUGAACUCCAACAACUUCUUCGAUAUGUUCUCCGGCAAACUGAAGGCCGCUCCGGCAUACAUGUCCGGCAAGCUGAAGAUCACCGGAGACUUCCAGAAGGCUCUUAAGUUGGAGAAACUCAUGAAGGCACUGAAAUCAAAGUUGUAGAUAGUAAUUAUGCACGUUAAUAAAAUAAAUAAAUACAUAUACAAAGCCAUUAAAA